UUUAAUAAUUCAAAUCGACAAAUUUCUUUAUUGCCUUAUAAGCACUUUAGAAAAUUUUUGUUUUUAAAACUAUUAAUAUUUUUCUUGUUAAUUGUUAUAUAUUUAAUUUUUAAAAAUGAAAAUUUUAAUUAUUUGUUUUUUAUUGUACAUGUUUGUCACGAGUGAAACCACUUUAAAUGAUAUAACGACAUCAAAUGGUUUAUUUCGUCAUUUGAGUAAAAUUAACAGUACCGUUUCAAGGGUAAAGAGAAAUGACAUGCUUAUUAUUACCAUUAAAAAAAUAUUCAGAACUUUACAGGAAGCUAGAAAUGCUUGUUCAUAUGAAUCUGAAAUUAAAGAAGUCACAUAUAUCACAUGGUGCACUAAUUUAAAUGACAUAAAAGUUACAACAGAUAACCCACUAUUGUGCAAUCAAACAGGUUUUGAAUGUAAAGCAAAUUUUUAAAAGAAAUGUCAAUAUAUACGAUAUAGGAAAUAAUUAUUAUGAUGAAUUUAUGUUCAACAAAUGUUAUUAAAAAAAAAAAUUAAUAAAACUAUUGUAAUAAAAUUUUACAA